CAUUUUUAAACUGCACAGUACAAUUUACUGCAUUUACCAUAACCAUCAAUUCCUUACCAAAAAUAUACUGUAAAAAACAUAACAAUAAUUAUGAUCCAUUCUUCAUCCAUUAUUACACUCCCACACCACCACAACUUCUGAACUGAAAAAAAAAUAUGCCUGCCGCCACCGCCACCAAAAACCGUAACCGCCGUUUCACCGCCUGUCACCGCCACCCGAGUGAACCGGUCACCGGUUUUUGCGCUUUAUGCUUACGUGACCGUCUUGCCGGUCUAGAUGAUAUAGAUUCAGAUCUUGGAAAAAAUGUUGUUGUUUGUAGUCGCCGGACUAAAGGCCACGGCGUCGGAGCUCCGGCACCGGUGCCGGAGCUCCGACGGAGUAAGUCUGUUGUUGGUGAAUAUGAAGAAGGGAUUAAAAAAGUGGUUAUGGAUCAGCGAAGAAGCUCGUGCGAUGUUCGUCCUCGCACGAGCCUUUCGGAUUUAUUUGAGGUUGAAAUUGUAAAAUUGAAUAGUUCAAGUACUAUUAUUGAAAAUGUUGGUAAUGAAAACGAGGCUGAAGAUCGGGUUGUGGAGAAUGAAGAGAAUGCCGAUUUAAAGACAAUGAAGGAAAUAAUUGAAAUCGAGUUGCAAAAUAAGCGAAAAAACAUAUGGGAAACGGCUUCUGAGAAAAUGAAAAAAUGGAGACAAAAACAAAAGGAAAAGAAACAGAAAAACCGGUUAAUGUUGAGGAAAUUAGGAAACAAUACAGAAUCCGAAAUAUCGGAAUAUGGAUAUGGAAGGAGAUCUUGUGAUACUGAACCUAGGUUUUCUGUAGAUAUUCCUCAUAGAUUAUCCGUUGACGAAUCGCGGAUUUUCUACGAGGAACAUCGGGCUUCAUGGGAUGGAUAUAUGAUUGCCAAGACAAUUCCUACGUUGACACCGAUUUUAUCGGGGGUGGAAAAUGGAAUUAAUAGGAUUGAGAAUUUGCAAAUGCAAUCUAUUAGUGAGGAUGGUGUGAGUUCAGGGGGUUCAAGGCAGUCGAAUUCGGAUUGUUGUGGGUCGAAUAGAGGAAGUAGUUCGAGUUCUAGUACGAAAACAGUAGGGGUGGAUGAUGUGAAAUUGGGUUCGAAUGCGAAGGUAUCGCCUGCGAACGAUGUUAUUUUUCAAGGGACAAAGUUGGUAAUUACUGAAAAAGAAUUGAAAGAUUGGCGUUUGAAUUCCGUUAAUAAGAAUGAAAAAGUUGAGCCUGUUUCAACGGAGCCGGCUUUGGGGUCUAGUAAAAUGAGUGUGAAUACGAAUGAAUCGAAUGUGCGUAAAAAGGGAAUGUCAAGUAGUUGGAGAAAGGUGUGUAAUCUAUGGGGACACAAACACAAAGUAGAGGAUAAAAAUGGCGAUAAAAAGAAUGUAGAACAUACACCGAUAAAUGCAUUUGAAAGAGGGAUUUCGAGGAAGCUAGUUCCGAACCCUGGCUCGGUGAAUUCAAGAAACAGAAUCGAACAUAGUGGUAGAGAUUUGGUGUUGGAUAGGAACAGGAGUACGAGAUAUUCGACUAGUGAUAUCGACAGUGGCUUGUUGAGGCUGUAUUUGACUCCAUUUAGGAACUCUAGGAGGAGUAAAUCAGGAAAAAGUAGAGCUCCAUUAAUGGCUUCAAAUGGUUUGCAGCUAAACUAAAACAUUUAGGUACUCUUGAAACUCUUACUAGAAGUAGCAUAAAUUUGUAGAUCCUAUUAGUUUGUUUUUUGUUCUUGUUAUGUGCACGAAAAGAAUAGCAUAAUGUUACUUGUCUUGUGCUUAGUUAGUGUUCUCUUUUAGUGAUGGGAAUAAUACAAGUUUAAGUUUUUAUGUGUUAAUGUUGUCUAUAACU